AUGCGAUUGCACCAUACCAUACCACGUUCAUUACAGUUCCAACGCAGGCUGGGCAGCACUCCAAAACGGGAUGCUGUCGACAGCGACUUCAGGCAUUACUACCAUUUGGCGGCGUUGGAAUUGCUACUAGUUCAUCAUGGAUUCAGGCCGUGUGAAACGACUUUGUCAUCGCAGCAAGACAUGCACCAGCUGGAGAAGACCAUCUCGGCAGUUGAAGCUUUUCAGAGAAACCGCAGCUUGCCGUCGGACCCCCUCGGCCUGAACGGACCUUUCUGGGAGGAGUUGGUGGUCCCGGUGAAGCCAGGCGACGAAAGUGCGGCUGUGCUUGCUCUGCGCUGGCUGGUUCAAUCUACCUCUCAGGUCUCCAGGCCACCGCUGUGGGACACAAUGGAGGUGGAACGACAUGGGUGUCAAGCCCAGCUGGAUGCCUCGAUGCAGGCACAAAUUCAAGGAAGUCUUGCUGCUAACGCGGAGCUCAUGAAUGAAUUCAAUGCUUCGUGGCCAGUGGGACUCCCUUCCUCGGUGUGGCGCCAUCUCCUGCAACGUGCAGAGCAACGGGUAGCUUCCGGGUGCCUGGGCCGCGCCUUCGUGGCCAGGGCCUUCGGCGUGGCAUGGGUCUUUGUUUGGUGCUUGAGUGCUGGCUUCUUCGCGUUUUUCCACAUCGAUGGCUGGAACCAUGGAAGCUCCGAGAAAGCGUGCAUGGAGCCCAAAACGUUCCGCAAAGUUCUCAGAUUUGGCCACGAAGUGGCAUUGCUUGGUGUGGUGAUGUUGAGUCACAGCUUGUCUGUGCUCGGGCUUUGGUCUUUCCCAUCUGACCUGGUUUCCCAAGUGUUUGUAGGCUUUCAGAUCACAGCGGCUGCAGUUGUUGCCGUGCGUCUUGCCGCAAAGCGGGGAAGGCGCCUGCCGCCUCAGAAGAAAUGCAUCAAGUACUCGGCGCCUAUUUUGCUGAUGGUCCUAGCCUUUUUGUUCUACUGCCUGGUGAGCUUGGUUCCGGGGCUCCAUGGGCUCUGGUACGCAGUGUUCUUAGCCGGGCUGUUGGCUGCUUGGUCCAUCGCGGUACUGGUCAUCGCGGACUGGAACCGUGUCAUGAAGUGUGGCCUGUUUUUCGCAAUGUGGAUACUGGCAUUCGUGGCUCCAACGUUGUUGUCAAUUCUCGUAGGUUUGCUUGGAACCUUUGGAUUUUGGCUUUCUGCGUUCACUCCUGUGCUGUUGCUGCUCUUGUCUCUAGCGGCUGAGCGGCUCAUAGGCCCUCUGAUAGAAGUAAAGUGUGAAUAUACAGCGGAAACGAACUGGAUGCUCGCACUGCUGUUCAGGAUGUGCAUCGAGCAGGUCCGAUUCAACACCGCCCUUGCGGUGUUGCUCCUCUCGCUCCUUGCUCAGAGGGGAUUCGGCCCAUUCCUCCUGCACCUUGUGCAGAGCUUCCUCUUCGCCGUAGCGCUUCGACGGCCGAAGAUCGUGUGUACGUCCAGAGAUGCAUUGGCCUCGGCCCCGCAGAGUGCCUUCUGCCGCUACCUGUUCCAUGCAUCGCAGAUCGUCUCGCACACAGGCUCCGGAGCCAUUUGGCAGUACCGGUCGGAGGCAGUGGUCCUACCUCUGGAGAUUGCACUUUUCUUGACUCACAUGUUCCAGCUGCUCCUCGUGGGGAUGCCGGUCGGCGUUUCGGCGGCGUCGUGGUGGUUGGGGCUGGUGUUGUUGGUAUUGUUCUCCACGGGGUGUGCUUUCCACCUGGCGUCGGAUGCUCUUCCCCCACAUCCCUUGGUCGGCUCUUCCUGGGCAUCUCAUCGCCAUUGUCCUCGGUGUCGCUAUGGCCACCGCCACGUUUUCACAAGUGCAUUUCUUGUGGUUCUUCUAUGCCCAUCACUGGGCUGUGUGCUACAUCGGUGGCCCUUCAAGCACCGGCAUGGAGGUGGUCGAGGACGAGGAUGCCGGCGGAAGCAUCAUGACGGGUGUGAUUGGCGUGGUGCUCCUCGUGGCUCACGUGUACUCUUUCUGCUUGUGGUCGCUGUGGCUUGGGCGGUUGGAAUGCGCCCGGCAGCCUUCGAAGGAACGGAGCCGGAACAAGCAAGAGCUGGUGCAGGCCUUCAGGCGGUCUGCGAGCCUUACCCUGGACGAUCGGCAGCAGAAGAAGGCAAUGCUGGUGCAGCACCAAGAAAGCAGAAGAGUGGAAAGGCUUCUUGA